AUGAACUGUCCCUCCCGCACAGACGACACUCUUCUACACUGCGAAUGGAAUCAGAAUCCCCCUUCUCUGGCGCCGGAUUUGACCACCCGCCAAGACUUGAACGGCAUCACUAAUGCCCGCGUGUGCAGGUCGGGCUCUGGGCCGGCUGCCGUCUCGUUGACCAGCUGGGACGACACCCAGACUAUGCCUGAACGCCGAGAUACUCCAAUCGGGGAUCAGUUGAAGUCUCUUGGGGCGUCACUGACACCGUCAGGACGCCCCAAGUACUUUCAAAACAACAAUAUCUCUAGUCAAAACCAUCGUAUUUGCCAUCUUGAUCGAUUGUCACUUGAAAAGGUCAAGAGCUGGGCCUGGUGGCUGCUAUCAGUUCUCUUGACCUCUGCGCUCAUCUCCCAUGAGAGCCUGGGAAGAUGCUUCAGCUCUACCGUCUCGGUUUCUGAUACAGCAGGUAGGUGA